CAAAGUGAUAGUGUUAGAUCACUAGCACCAACACUAGAACAAAAUAAGUUAUAAUGCGAUAAUAAAAACGUUGCCAUGAUCUUAAAAAUAACAUAUGAUUACCGUUUUAAAAGUAAAUAAAUAAUAAACGUCAAACUAUAUUUAAAUUGAAAAAGAAGAUACUUAUUAAAACGUUUUUUUCAAAAUGUAUCGUUCGAAAAUACCACCCACUGAUGAUGGCGGAAAUAAAGGAGAGAAAAAAGUGGCAUGGACAACCCAUGUUAUGGCUCAAACGGCUCAUUUAUCUCGCGAAACUUAUUUAGUAUCAAUAACUAGAGAUACAAUUAUUUAUUUAAUAUUUUGGAUUAACUUAACAUUUAUUUGUUUAGCAAUGAUAAGUCCUUACAUGUACCACAUGACAGAUGCAAUUCGAAGCCAAUUAGCGGAUCAAAAAUUUAAAUCCGAAUUUGAUACGAUGACGUUCAACGAGAUCCGCACCGUCAGCGAUUUUUGGUAUUACAUGGAACGUUUAUACCCGAAAGUUAUUUUUUCCAACAACCUCUUCGACGAGGAGGAUGAUACAAAAAGUAAAUUCGACGUGGGUAUUUUAUACGUUAACAAACUAAUUGGGGUACCAACGAUUCGUCAAGUAACCGUCCGAAAUAAUUCUUGUACGACUCAUCCAAGAUUUCGAAGAGCUUUUCUCGUUUGCUAUGAUAGUUAUCAUUCGGGAUCAAUUUCAACGCAUGAUUUACCUACUCUUGGAGUUGUUGGACCAGAAAUUGAAGCUUUUAAAUGGCAAUCUGAAGAUGAUUUGGAAGGUACUAGUUAUAUAGGAAGGGUAGCUACUUAUGAUGGAAGUGGAUUUUUUACGAAAUUGGGGCGUAGCCAACAUACAACGACUCGAACUAUAUCGCGGUUAAAAUAUGGAAUGUGGGUUCGAAGGGAAACUAGAGCAAUUUUUGUUGAUACAACGGUUUAUAAUCCAAAUAUGAAUUUGUUUACUAAUAUUUUAAUUGUUUUUGAAUUACCACCAACAGGUGGCGUUUUACCCAACAUAUAUUUUCGUACAAUGAAACUAAUAAGAUACUUCACAAUCCUAGAUCAUAUCGUUCUCGGUUGUGAAAUAGUUUUUUUUUGUUUCGUGUUGUUUUAUUUAGCAGAGGAAAUUCGCGAAGUAAUCUUUUUAAAGUUUUAUUAUUUCAAUCAAAUUACGAAUUACAUCGAUGUUUUAAUCGUCGUGACAUCGCUCGCAUAUUUUAUAUGUAUAUUGUAUCAACAUAUCGUUGUAACCGCACUUAUGGAAAAAGUGGGAAAAUCAAUAACGCAAUAUAAUUCGUUUGCGAAAGUUUCCCGAAACGAAAUGGUGAUAAAAAACGUUCAAGCCGUUUGCCUUUUUGUUGCUACAUUGAAAUUGUUUCAAUUUAUUAAUAUUGAUAAGACAAUGCGGCAUUUAACAAGAACAAUUAAACGCUCCGCCAAAGACGUACUCGGUUUUUCUAUAAUGUUUUUAUUAAUUUUCGUUUCUUUCGCUGAAUUGGGUUAUUUAAUUUUUGGAACUCAAGUUCCAGCCUUUUCCGGAUUUGGGGUUUCGAUGUUUACUUUACUUAGAACAAUUUUGGGCGAUUUUGAUUAUGCGGAAAUCGAGAAAGCACACAGAAUUUUAGCCCCAAUUUAUUUCAUCUUAUUUAUAUUUUUGGUUUUCUUCGUUUUAAUCAAUAUGUUUUUGGCGAUUAUAAGUGAUACUUAUAGCGAUGUUAAAACUGAAAUGGACGUGGCUCCCACACAAAUAGAAAGAAUUAGUUUUUGGCGUCGCGGUUUGUACAACUUUUUCACCGAUUGUGGAUGUGGAGCUUGUACUCCUAGAGCUAUGGUGAAAAUGAACGAUGAUAACGCAACAGUUGAAAAUAUUGUUUUAAUUUUAAGAGGAUGUGGUUAUUCAAAAUUAGACAUCGACACUUUUUUAGCACGUUAUAAAAUUGAGAAAAACGCAGAUGCUCGCGUUAGAGAUGUAGCCUUGUUAAUAGAUGCGUUAAAAGGAUCAUUUGGUGAAACGGAAUCUGCAACCAAAAAGGAAUCUGCUGAACCCAGAAAAUCCUCCGUAACAGGUCAAAACAUCGCCCCAAUUAUUCCAAUGGACGAAUUUGUUGGGCAGCAACAACGUUUGGAUAAAAUCGAAGCAGUUAUGGCUGUUAUUUCUGAUAAACUGGAGGCUUUAUUGAAACGAUUAAAUUCUUUAGAAAGUGUUAGGAAAUACUGAGUAUAUGAUUUAAAUUGUUUUCAAUAAAUGUUAACUUAAACGUU